AUGCCUCUUCGUUCUCCAAAAGCAGUCUAUUUUAGGCUUUGGGCUAUUGACUACAAUAUUUCUUCUUAUAACACUGAGCUCUUAAGAAGACAGUUUGAUAUUGCUAACAGGGAGGCAAUGGAUGAAUCUGCUGAGUGGAUAUUUAUUUUCACAAACAUGUCAUAUGCUGAACCUGGUUCAACACCAUCCCAAGAAGUAUCAUCUCAAAAUUCCUCUAAACCAAAUUAUAGGGGGAAAACUGAUCCAAGCUGGGGGCAUUGUAGACAAGUUAUUGAAGAUGGAAAAGCUGUUAUAAUAUGUCAGCAUUGCAAUAAAGUUAUCAGAGGAGGAGGGAUUAAUCGGUUGAAGAAUCAUUUGGCCGGAGAAAAAGGGCAAGUUGAGCCAUGUAAAAAGGUUCCAGCUGAGGUGCGUGAUGAAAUGAAAAAAAGUGUUGAUGAAAGUAAGAAGAAAAAAAGAAAAGUUCAACUUGAAGAAGAAGAAAGCGGUGAUUAUUGUGAUGAUAUCAGACAUGUUGAUAAUCAACCACCUUCCAAAUCUGAAAAAGGGAAGAAUAACAUGGGUUCUUAUUUUAUUCCAAGAACAACUCCUGGAGCUCAACCAACCAUAAAAAGCGCUUUACAAAGUUUUAAAGCUCCAACCAUGCACAUAUUACGUGGUGCUUUGCUAGAUAGUUGGGUUGAUGAGGUCCAUAAUCUUGUUGAGAGUUAUCGCAAUGUUUGGCAGCACACCGGAUGCACUAUUAUGGCGGAUGGUUGGACUGAUCGGUGUAGGCGAACUCUUAUUAAUUUUCUUGUUUAUUGUCCUAAAGGAACUAUUUUUUUGAAGUCUGUGGAUGCUUCUCAUGCUUCUAAAACUGCAGAUUUAUUAUUUCAGCUUUUCGAAGAAGUUGUGCUAUUUGUUGGGCCUGAAAAUGUUGUUCAAUUUGUGACUGAUAAUGCUGCCAAUUAUGUUGCUGCAGGAAGAUUAUUAGAGGCUGAGUUUCCCAAGAUCUUUUGGUCUCCUUGUGCUGCUCAUUGUAUUAAUUUGAUGUUACAAGACAUUGGCAAGUUAGAGGAAGUGGGUGAGGCCGUGGCACAUGCUUCAAAAAUUACGAAGUAUGUAUAUAACCAUUGUCAUCCGUUGCAUUUAAUGAGAAAAUUUAUUGGAGGCAAAGAAAUUCUUCGACCAGCUCCAACUCGCUUUGCCACAAACUUCAUUGCUUUGCAGAGCAUAUUGGCUCAAAAAGAUGCAUUAAGAGCAAUGGUAACAUCAAGAGAGUGGACACUUUCAGCCUAUUAUAAGGAUAUCAAGGCUAAAAGAUUUGUGGAGCAAGUCUUAGAUUCUAGAUUUUGGAAAGAGUGUGUUGACAUUGUGAAAGUUACUGAGCCACUUGUGCGACUGUUACGUCUUGUUGAUAGCGAAGAGAAGCCUUCCAUGGGUUAUCUUUAUCAGGCCUUUUAUAAAGCAAGAGAGGAGAUGAUCAAAAGGUUUCAAAGAAAAAAGAGAAUGGUGGAGCCAUACUUGAGAAUCCUAGAUAGCCGAUGGGAUUCACAACUUCGUAAAUAUUUGCAUGCUGCAGGAUAUUGGUUAAAUCCAGGAUGUCAUUUCAAUUCUGAGGAGUUUCAAAAACACGAAUUGACAACGUCUGGUCUUUUAGAUGUUAUUGAGAGGCAUGCAUAUCAGGAUGUGGAUUUGCUAUCCAAUUUAACAGCUGAGAUGAGAAUAUUCAGAGAAUCUGAGUUUGAUUUUGGAAGGCAAGCAGCUAUUCGGGAACGAAAUAAAGCUAUGCCAGAUAAAUGGUGGGAAACAUAUGGCUUGGGUGCACCAAACUUGAGAAAAUUGGCUAUUCGUGUCUUAAGUCAAACUUGUAGUGCCUCUGGUUAUCAAUUGAAUUUAGAUGAAGAUGACGAUGAUGAUGCACAAGGCAUGGCUAUUGCAAACCACAAUGAAAGCAAUGUUGGUCAAUGUUUGGAUGAGAUUGGUGGAGAAGAUCUAAGAGAACCUGAAUUUAUUGAUACAACUUUACCACCAUGGGCAUAG